UAGAAAGGAGGCUAAGGUUGUCGUUCGCCAUCUUGAAAUGUUGACGUGAGAUUCUUUCGCGAAGAAAGCGCCCGACCACACAAAAACACUCCAAUAUCGCACGCUCGACUUCGUGUCGCGCCGCGAACUAUAACUCGUUGAACCUACGACGGUACUUGUGUCGAAAAGCAAGGUAAGCUUCUGGCCCCCAGAAGCAACGGCCGGUGAUGGUUUCCCCUCGACUGCCGAGAUUGGAAGCCUUGGGUCUCGCAGCCUUUUUGCGGUUGCUGCGUGUUUAGGGAAAACGCCGUAGAGACGGAACCGUGGGGUCACUUGUUCCGUUUUUGUCGUGCCCCUGGCCGCGUGCUUUUUCAAAAAACAUCUUUCUCGAUCUACGCACGCCCCACGAACAGAGCGCAUCCUCGCGCCCCAGGGAGCCCGAGAUGAGCGUGGACUACGCUCACGAGUACGGCGGUGGCAUGGACACCGGCGCCUACGACGGGGUCGCCUUGGCACCGUCGAGCGGAUCCAACUUGACUGGUUCGAGGGACGAACGCUCCCGGGACCGAGACAGGGACCGGCGGAGUGAACGGAGCCGCGGCCGCGAAAGAGACUACCGCGGCAGCGACCGUGAUCGUGAUCGAGGCGAUCGGAUGGAGCGUGGUGUGGACCGCAGCAUGGACCGUGGACCGGACCGUGGACCGGACCGCGGACCGGAUCACCGCGGCGGCGACCGCGGCAGCGACCGAGGCCGCGACAGAGACCGUGACCGGGACAGGGACUUCCUCGACGCCUCUCCCAACAGCCGGGACAUCGCAGCCCGCGAUGUAGACUACCGGGAGUUCAACGAACCGCCUGACCGGUACCGGCGGCGGGAGGCUCACCACAGCGGCGAGGACGACAGGGACCGCUCGCGACGGCGGGAGCGGGACUGGGACCGGGACCGGGAUCGCGACAGAGACUGGGACCGCGGCGACCGGGACCGCAGUCGGGACCAUUCGUGGGAGCGCAACAUGCGAGACCGGGGAGGAGAGAGAAGGGAGGAGAUCCCCAACAACACGAUUAUGGUCCGGGGCAUGCCCAUCGAGACCACCGAGCCGGAGCUCAGAAACGAGGUUACUCGCUACGGCCUUGAGCCCAAAGACAUCCGUCUGAUGAAACGCAAGGACACAGGUGCCUCCCGGGGGUUUGCGUUUGUGGAGUUUCGCUAUCUCUCCGAAGCGGUUCGGUGGAAGGAACUUACAAAGGGGGUCGUGCAGAUGGGUGACGUGCGCUGCAGCCUCCACUACUCCAUUCCCAAGGACGGGGGACCCGUGGGGCUGGACCGCGCCAGCCUGUUGGCCAGGACAGACUGGAACUGCGGCAAGUGUGGUGUAAACAACUUCAGACGCAGGGACAACUGCUUCAAGUGCAGUGCGGCGAGGGAAGAUGCGGAGAUUCCCAACUCUGGGGACGGCUUCGAUGAGAUCAGUUCGGUGCCAACGAACACCCUCCUGCUGCGCAACCUGGACGUGCUGACGACGGAGGAGCGGGUGCUGGCGGUGCUGGGCCAGACGACCAACGUGCCCAUCAAGAGCCUGAAGGUGGCCAGGGACCCAGCCACGGGCACCUCCCGGGGGUUCUGCUACGUGGAGCUGCACACCGUGGCCGAGGCCGCGCAGCUGGACGACCUCCUGCUCAACCUGGGAGGGCAGUUCUAUGUGGACGGACGGCAAGUGCUCGUGGCCUACGCUAGGAAGCCACGGGUGUCCUUGAGUGGGAACACCGCGAGCGUUGCAAGCGUCGCCCUCGCAGCUGCCCAGUGGACCAAUCAGCCGUCUUCUGCAGCUGUAGUACAGCAGGGUGCGGUGGCUGCAGCGGCACCGGUGACCUAUGGCCCACACCCUCCCGACGCCGCAGCAGCCGCACAGAUGGCACAAGAGCCGGUGAUGAGGGAGACUCCUGUCCACACGCCCAAGGCCAGUGCGACGGUGUCCAGCCUGGGCACGGUGCUGGUGGACGGGGUGAACUACCCCCGCUACCCGGUCCCGGACGUGUCCACGUAUCGCUACGACGACAAGUCGGGCUACUACUACGACGCCUCCACGGGGCUGUACUACGACGCCAACUCGCACUACUACUACAACGCGGAGGCCCAGCAGUACAUGUACUGGAACAACGACAAGCAGACCUACCUGCCGGCACCCACCAGCAGCUCCACGGCCGAGCAAGUGGCACAGGCGGCGGCCAACACGGGCGGAGACGGUACGGACGCCGAAAAGGGGAAGGGCGGCAAGAAAGAGGGCAAGGAGGACAAGGUGAAGAUUGCCAAGAAAAUUGCCAAGGACAUGGAGCGCUGGGCCAAGACGCUGAAUCAGAAGAAGGAGAAUGCCAAGCAGGGCCUGGUGGCCUCGCAGCCUACAGGCGACGAGCGGCAGUCCGCGGCCGCGGACGCCGGCUUUGCGGUCCUCGAGAAGCACCACACCGCGCCUGAGCGAAUAGCCUUUGGGGGUAGCCUGCUCCAGCGAGAGGCUGCACUCGACACAACAGGCAUCUCUGCGAUGGGGCCCCGGGAGUCCGUGCUGGUGCCGGAGUAUGGGGCCGGGUCGGACUCUGACUCGGAGGCGGAGUCCGGUGGGGUGGACGAGAGCCGCCUGGUGGACUGGGCGAAGCUGGCCUGCCUGCUCUGCAAGCGCCAGUUCCCUUCCCGGGAGGUGCUCACUAAGCACACCCAGCUCUCAGACCUCCACAAGCAAAACUUGGAAGCUCUGCGGUUGUCGAGGUCGACGGGUGGUCCAGAUUCCCAGGGCAGCUACCGGGACAGGGCCCGGGAGCGACGCAUCAAGUACGGCCAGCCCGAGCCUCCCCAGACGGGCACGGUGCACAAAGAGAAAGUGGCUAGGCCCGUGCCGGCCCAGCAGAACUAUGAGGAGCCGACGAAGGCGGGCAUUGGCGAGGAUAAUAUUGGCAACAAGAUGCUCAAGGCCAUGGGCUGGUCCGAGGGCCAGGGGCUUGGGAAGAGCAACACGGGCACCACCAACAUUGUCGAG